UGCAAAUCGACCUACACACAUUUGACAGUCAACAGUAACCAACCUCAGUACCUCAAGGGAGCGAUAGAGUUUCCUUCAAAUGUCAGAACCAUUAAACUGGAUGUGUUAUAAUUAAGAGUAACCAACCUGACCAAUCCCUGACUUCAUUUCCUGCUCAUCAUUCACACCUUCAAGCUCCAAGCAUUCUUUACAAUUUUUGAAUGGACAAUAGCUUUCUGCAAAGCUUUAUCCCCUAUCCUGUACCUCCCAGCUUCUAUCAGCUGUCCAUUCUGAUCUUAACUCCAACAUUAUUAACAUACUCUGCCAGAUCCCUUUCUGAUGGUGCACCUCUUACCAUGCUCAAAGCAUAGUGUCACCUCUACAUUAGAAAAACAGACUGGCAUAGAUUGAUGUUGUUGGAUGAAUCUAAUGCAGCCUCUCCCUCCAUUAACUUCCUUUGUUUGUGUUCUUGAUCUGAUUAUUUUGAGUUUAAUCAUCUAAGAGGACUUAAAUGUCCUUUCAAAAUAAGCCACUGCCUCUCUUUAACUUAUCUGGAUCUCUAAAGCUGCAAAUCAAAUAUGUGGUCCACGUUCAUCGUGCAGGAUGAAGAGAUAAGGACAGGGACUGUACCUGCUGGGGUGCACCAAGGUUCGGGUGGUUUGGAAGGGCUUAUGGGAUCCAGGAGCGAUGGGCGCAAACGCCGACUUAGAACGUUGUCCAGUUCUGGCAACGGCAUUAGCGAAAGCCAAGAGGGAAAGAUUAAGCUGACUUUUUUCAUGGCUGUGACUGGCAUCAUGCUUACUGUGCUAGGGGUGGGCACAGAGUUUUGGGUGGAGCUCACACCAUCAAAGAGCUUCUACAACAACCAGACUUGCCUUGCAGCACAUUACGGUUUGUGGAAAUGUUGCACCAAGACCUUCUGGGUGUCAGAUAUUGACCCAAAGCAGGAAAGCUGUGGGCCUCUGGAUUUACAAGGAGAAUCCAAUUGCACCUUCUUCAAGUUCUACACCACUGGAGAAAACAUUGUCCUAUUUCAGAAAACGCCAGAGAAGGAUCUGACUGUAGCAUCGGCCAUGUUUGCUAUCUUUAGUCUUUCCCUGAUGGUGAUGGGGGCCAUCUGCAUCAUCAUGGCAGUAAGCAAAGGUGUGCAGUUCUUCUUGAAGCCAGCCUGUGUUUGCUUCAUACUAUCAGGUGUCUUAAUCUUCAUCUGUCUCAUUGUCUUCCACCAAUCAGUGCUUUCGUUCCUGGCAAGUGACCAAUCCAUACCUCUACACCAUAAAAUGUCGUGGUCAGUGACAUGUUUAGGUUGUGCUGGGGCUCUUGUUGUUGUUGCAGGGGCCUUGUUCUUGGUCCUUGCUCUGCCUUACAGUCCUUGGGAAAAAUGCCUUCCUAAAAACAACAGUGACAUCUAGUGGUGUGGAAGAUGAAAAGCACUUUGCACUCUAUCCUAUUAAUACUGUGGAACAGAUAACAGGACUACUUCUCCACUGAUGAACAAAAUACUGUUCCAUAUAUAUAGGAUUAGUUAUGUUGCAGUUAUGUACAAUAUUUUGCUUUUGUUUGAGGGUUGGAUAAAUGUAAUAAGAAUAGCAGUGAGUUUGCACUGGAGAGUAUGGUGUAAGAAAUAUAACAGGACGUGGGCCAGGCAUUUCGGCAGAUUACACAUAAUAUUAGGAUGGAAUAUUUCAGAUCAUCAAGCCUUAAAUAUUAAUACCUAUAAGUAUGUAACCUGUUGUGUAAUGGUUCUUAGAUUAUAUUGGACAUUUGUUUAACUUUUCCCAAGAAACAUUGCACAGUUUAACUUGAUGCUGUACUACCCUCAUAUAGUUAGAAACCCGUAUGACAUGGAACACAAAAGGAGAGAUUGGGAAGAAUGACAAUCUCAGUCACAAUUCACAUUCAAUUUAAGGGUAAAAAAAAAAAAAGCUUGAAAUUGAAUGGUAACUAAGACUAACAUGCUCUCCUAUUGUGUUCUAUUAAAGAAAUAAAGUCAGGUUUGGAACAACAGGAGGUGAUCAAAUGAUAAAAUCUAAAUGUUUGGAUGAAUUAAUCUGAAUUAAUCUAAUUUAUUUAUGCUUUUAUGUGCCAAUGAAAAGCCUUUAUUGUUGGUUUUAACCAGCCUUCUUCAUCUGGAGAUGGUUCAGUUGAUGACAGCAAUGAGAUGAACUGAAAUCAAAAGUAUUAAUUAAAGCCACAUUAUCUGUGGAUUCUUUUGUCCAUUGUGGACACUGACACUGAUGCUGAUCUAGCAUCAGUUGUCAAAAGCCUGAAUGCAAUUAGUGAAAUGGUAAAUCACAAUAAUGAGAAACUUUCAUUGUUUGCCUGCCACUUAUGCAUGACAGAAAGAGCUUUCCUACUGAGUAGGGUUGGAUUCUGCAACAAUUCAAAGUAUGAAUGUGCCAUUUCAAAUUCAAACUUUGGUGGAAGAUGGUAUGCAUUUUAUUUCAUACACUGAAUGCAGUACAAAAAUUGUAUAUAUUUAUAAAACAAAAUAUAUAUCAUAAUAUAUAUAAUAUUGGUUUAGCAAAGAGUAUAGACAAAGAUUUUAGAAGCAGGUGCAUGAGACAUUUUUAUGGGGUACAUAUUAGACAGGAUGAAUGUAGAAUUUUUAUUCUAUGGAAGAUUUUUGCAAGCAGCUAUUCAGUUCCCCUUCUGUCACUCACUCGACGUUGUGUCGAUGUAGUGACACUAGAUGUAGUGACACUAGGGUUCGACUCUUGAGAGCCCCAAAACACCUCAAUCUUUGAGACAAGGCCAAUGAGAAUUGGCGAGUGAAAUUUGCAUGCCACUCCCCCAGACAUACUGAUAUAAAAGUAGCUGGAAUACCCACUUGCAUUCAUAUUUUUUCUUCAGAGCCGAGCGGUUGUGUAUCAGUGAGCUGAAUCCCACUGCUGUUCCAUUCACCUCUGAAGGAAGCAUAUACUUUUGGAUAUAAGGCACUUAGUGCAGAUUACGCCCCUGGGUGCUUCAACAGCGCUACUAAAAGAGUAAAUAUUUCUGAAAUGAUUAUUUCUGAUAGCAUGCCUCACAAGCGAGCGUGUGCAGUGACGUCGCUUGGGUUCCCGGGAAUCCUCCCACUGCCCGCUCUGGUAUUUCCUGAUGGGACCACCCCAUGGGACAGACGUGCUGGCACACAGCUGGCCCCGGGGGCUGUGCAAAUACACAUUCACCCAGUGAGCCUAUUUGCACAGAUCUUGUGCAAGGACAGGGAGGAUGAGGAACAAUUCACCCUUGUGGCCCUAUACUGGCCCACCCAGACUUGGCUCUCGGACCUCACGUUUCUCAUGACAGAACCUCCCUGGCAAUUUCCCCUGAGAAAGGACCUUCUUUCAGGGCACAAUCUAGCACCCGUGCCCAGACCUCUGGAAACUGCACGUCUGGCACUUGGAAUGGAUGCAGAAGAUCUAUUUGGCCUACCACUAUUUGAUUGUGUGGUAGACACAAUCACUCAGACCAGAGCUCAAGCUACGAGGCAGCUUUAUGCCCUGAAGUAGCUUUUGUUCACGAGGUUGUGUUCUUCCCAAGCCGAAGACCCCCAGAUAUACACAGUUGGGUCAGUGCUUUCCUUCCUGCAGGAGAGGUGAAGGUUUAUGUGGCCGCCAUAGCGCCCCACCAGGACACAGUGGAUGGUAGGUCCAUAGGGAAGCAUGACCUGAUCAUCAGGUACCUCAGAGGCGCCCAGAGGCUGAAUCCACCUAGGUCACGUCUUUUCCCCUCAUGGACUUCAGAGAGCACCGUUUGAGCCACUAGAGUCAGUCUCUCCUUGAAGAUGGCCCUCCUGAUUAUGCUCACCUCCAUCAAGAGGGUUAGGACCUGCAAGCAUUAUCUGUCAGCGACACUUGCCAGGAGUUCGGUCUGGCAGAUUCUCACAUGAUCCUGAGACCCCGCCUGGGCUAUGUGCCCAAGAAUCCCACAACCCUCUUCAGGGAUCAGGUGGUGAGCCUGCAAACGCUACCCCAGGAGGAGGCAGACCCAGCCCUGUCAUUGCUGUGUCUGGUGCGUGCUUUGCGCAUCUACUUGGAUUGCAUGCAGAGCUUUAGAAGCUCUGAGCAGCUCUUUGUCUGCUUCAGUGGACAGUGGAAAGGGAAUGCUGUCUCCAAACAGAGGCUUGCCCACUGGAUUGUGGAUGCCAUUGCUUUGGCAUACCAGGCCCUGGCCAUGCCUGCCGGUUUGGGAAAACAAGCACACUCUACAAGGAGUGUGGCAUCCUCGUGGGUUCUGGCCAAUGGCACAGAUCGUCCUGUGUUUUGUCAGGUACGAACAGGUAAGUUCGGUAAUACGGAACAGCUGGCUGGGUGUAUCCCUUGCUUAUAGCGUCUUUCCCUUCCAUGAGGUGAAGAUGUCUGCUGCUUCUCCCAUGCGAGUUCACGAACCUGUGAACCCUGGAUGUCCUUCCUCCCUAGCCCUGUGGGUUGCAAAUUUGGUGGAGAAAUUCACAGCCGGACCCACUAUGGGGUCUAAUAUGCCCUGUACUGUGAUAGGUGCUCCACAAGUCCGGUUACUCCGGUAACCCCUGUGAUGAAUUUUCCGCAGUAGGGUCUCCCUGUCGGCAGACCCGCGUCUCUCUUGGGCAGAGCUUUCUCUGCCCCUGUAGCUGUGUUAGUAGAGCUCCUCUCCUUCGAGACAGGACCUACCACCGCGCCUCUUCCAUGUGCGGCAGAUGAGCCCACGUGUCGUAUUUCCACAUGCUACCUCCCCUUCAGGCAGGAUUUUACCUCCGCGGGGUCUUUACCCCCUGAAAGAAUAGGAAAGGAAAAUAAAACCUUCCCCGAAUAAGACAUCUAGUGUCACUAAAUCGACGCAAUUUCAAGUGAGUGACAGAAGGGGAAUGUCUCGGUUACUGUCGUAACCUCCGUUCCAUGAUCGAGGGAAGGAGACGUUGUGUAGGGACACAAUGCUGUACUAACCGCUGAAAUGGCUGGGACCUUGUCUCGGCUCCUCAGCACAAAACCUGAAUGAGAGUGGGCAUUACAGCUCCUGUUAUACCCGUAUGUCCGUGGCAUGCAAAUUCACUCGCCAAUUCUCAUUGCCCUUUUCUCAAUGAUUGAGGUGUUUUGGGGCUCUCAAGAGCGAAACCUAAUGUCACUACAUCUAGUGUCACUACAUUGACACAACGUCUCCAUCAGGGAACGGCGGUUACGACAGUAACGAGACGUUUACUUUAAUGCUUAUUUGUAGUUUAUAUAAUAAUAAAAUUAUAUGCAUCUAAAGCAAACUUACACAUAUAAUUUACGCACAAUAACAAAUAAGCUGUUUUCAGUAAAAUCAGGCAAAUUGUUACAUUAAUUCCUAAAUGAGAUAAAUAAAAUACACUUUUUGCAUCUUCUGGUUCUAUAUUAUUUGUAUUAUUAGCAGUCCUGGUUUUGGUUCACAGGUUCCUAUGAAAGUUUGCAGUCACCUUUGUUUUGGUCUCAAGUGUAGUUUUUUUUAUUAACAUUUGUUGUGACUUUCAAUGUCUUACUGUACAUAAAUAUACCUUUUUUCAAGAAAAUGCAAUUAUUUGGAUACUGAAUGUGAUAGUAAUGCACAUUAAUAACAAAUAAAGAGUGA